UUCGUUCACGUGGAUACGUUCAUCAGACUGUAGCUGUCAGUUUUUCUUUUCAUAUAGUUUAGUUUUUAUUCAUUUCUUCUAUUGGAAGAACAAUAAAGAUGAUUAAGAUCAUGUUUGAACACGCGAAGAAACAUCCAGGGUUAAUCCCUCAAUUUUUCUUCCUGACUCUGGGCAUCACAGGGGCCACCUUCUAUCUGAUCCGCCUGGCAAGAGGACCUCAUGUCACCCUCUGGGACAAGAAGAACAACCCAGAGCCCUGGAACAAGCUUGAUCCAACCUACCAGUACAAGUUUGUGGCCAUCAGCACAGACUACAAGAACCUGAAGAAAAAUGGCCCUGACUUCUAAAGGUCCUCCAGGCAACUCCAGGGGCACCAAGUUUGGCAUGACCUCCUGCUGUCGCCUCACUGAUGUGAAACGUCUUCCUGAACAUUUCCUGAGACUCGCCUCAUGCGCCAUGACAACAGCUCUGAAUUAACACUGUAACCCUGUGAACAAAAACU